UUAAAUUACUUUUACUGAUUGUUUGGGUUGGUUAAAAAGGGUUUAUGAUUUAGAGGGGGCAGGGGCGGGCCGCACCAGGGUGUCACUUUUUUUGGGGUGUCACCCACCCGGACUCAACUUUAGGAACAAUGUAUAAACAUGAAAAAAAAAGAUUAAAUCGCUAUCACAAUUGUCUUCCACGGGGAUUCCUCCACAAGCACUAGCUCAGCUUUUAUGUAUAAUUCGGGAAUUCCCCCAUUUACUUUUUAUUAAGCUUGUUAUCGAACACAAAGCAAUACAAAAUAUAAAUUUAGAUUUGAAGAUAAAUCUCAGUUUGCAGCUGAGAUGCAUCUUUCAACGCAUGAAAGAUUAAAUAAUUGAAAGUUAUUAAUAUUUUUUCUGUAUCCUAGUUUUUAUUGUGUUUUGUUAUUUGUUUAAUAUUUUAAAUAUAAAUAUUGAAUGAUCCAUGUCGUUUACCAUAUAAAAUUUAUUGCUUUUUACUUUCGAUGGCGGUAACACCACCAACUUCCCCACCGGGUGCUAGCUACGCCACGGAAUUAAAUAAAGACCUUGUUACCUAUUGGAAAUCCAUCAAAUGUUUUCUAUAUUUCUCUGAUGUGACUGCAUGGACUUUUUUCCACAAUCGCAACACCUAUGUUGCGAUUUUGGUUGUCAUGGUAAUUAAGACGCAACUAUACAAUGCAUAGGUACUUUAACAUGAGGAUUACGAUUUAAUUUUGUCAAGUAUUACAAUAAUGUCGAUAUUUAAAGUUAAGCAUUGGUGGUCAAAUAUCAAAUUUCAAGAUAAUGAAAUAAAGUCAGGCAUCCAGAAUGCUGGCUGUUUGAGAGUGAAUAGAUUUAGUUCAUACAGCGACGGGGAUUGUAUUUUGGUCGGCGAAGAAUAUUUGCUCAAAAUAUACAAACCAAGUCCAAACCAAGAAACAUCUGAUACACUUUUAGAAGCUCAUUUGAGCGAUGUAAUACUACAGAUAGAAACUGGCAAAUUUUUAGCGGGUGCUGCAGACCGACAAAUAAUUGUUUUACAUCCCCAGUGUUAUGCCAUAUACGAGUUACGUAGAAAAGAAGGACACACUGAUGCCGGGGAGCAAAAUGCUUUGGAACUUGUGAUAAAACAUUCGUUUCCACAAAAAGCACACAGUCUAACUUACGGUCCGUUUGGGAACGUUAAGAGCAGAGAUUUCAUCUGCAUACAGAGCUUGGAUGGCCACCUCAGCUUCUUUGAUCAGGCUUCGAUUUUGUUCACGUGCAUUUUCGCUGACGUAAUCAUCCCAGGUCCUGUGUGUUAUAUUGCUAGCAGCGAUUUAUUCGUCAUUUGUAAAUCUACGUGGGUGUUAGAAAUAUACAGUUACCAACAGCUGAGAGAGUUCAGCGAAAUAAAUGCGCGACUUAAGAAAAAUAUACCGCAAUGGAUUUACAACGCAGGAGAAGAAAUAUCCACGGUACAAGUCAUACAGACCAGCAGCAACUUUUCAAGCGUCGUGGCUCUGGGGGAACGACAUUUAUACUGUUUCCAGGAUAAUGGGCUCAUGAAGUACAUGAUAAAGUUUGAUUUUAUUCCCAUUUGUUUCCAUGCAUAUCUAAUUGGCUGGUAUUAUGAGCCAACCGCAAGGUUGCUAAUAAUGGUGUCCUCAGAGGAUUCGAAGUUAUUUGUUUACGAAGGCACUACAUUAUUAUGGUCAUGUGACUUAUUGCACAAAGCAAUAGCUAUAUCUAGAUGUUUCUUGAGAUACCUGCCAGGCGGCUUGAUCACUCUGUCAGCUGAUGGAGUAGUCACUGUUAACAUUAUGGGAACAGAACCAGAUUUGAACGUAAAUGCUGGUUCAAUGAUGAACGAAGUUAUUGAUCCUGAUGUGAUUCAAGCCGAAUUGGACGAUGUUGAAGAACAAUUAGAACGAAUAUUGGGUAAUAAAGGCGAAGAACCAAGCUAUUCAAUCGACCAACUCGUUAAAAUCAAGGCGGAUGUAGGAAAACCAGUACAAAAUCUAAAAGGAUAUUCAGAUGAUGAAGUUUUACAUUUACUGAUGUGUCCCUUAGUUAUUAUAAUGACGUGCGACGACCCUAAACUCAUUCAAAGUGUUCAAAUAACUUAUCAUUGCAAUCCACCUUUUGCGUGUUCGGAUUCGACAAUAUGUUUAGACGAAAUAAAUGGAAGUGAAAUAAUAGAAACACAAGUUUUCAUGACAAGCGAUACGAACAUUGCACAAACUACAGUUGAAAUAUUCUUCACCAUAACAGAUUCUGUUGGCAAGAUUGGCGUAUUUUCUAAAUACAUUAUGUUGCCAAUGAGUCUUUAUUGUUCACCAACAGAUUUAGCGUCAGAAAAUGAAUUAGAGUUACGUAUUACUUCGAACCAUCCAUGCAUAGAACUUGCAAAAAUAUUUACAGAUUUUGCUGAAGAGGAAUUAUUAAAACACGGGAGUAACCCAAAUGUCAUCACAUUAAUGUACAGGAAUACAAAGGGUAAUGUAACAAUUAGAGGACAUGGAAAUUAUUACAGCGUCGAAACCAGUGAUUUUUCGGAAAUUAUAGCAGUAAUGGAUCACUUCAUAAUCAAGCUUGAAGAUCAUUACGCGAGAAUGGGUAACAAAGAUUUUAAAUAUCACAUCGAAAUGGAAAAGGAAACCAAUAAACAACUGAUUCACAGGUUUUUGAAAAGCAUUGAGAGUCACGCAAAAGAAAGAACAAAGUUGAAGAAAUUUGAGGACGACUUGAACGUGCUCCAGAAACAGUUCACACUAGUCCAGAAAAAGUUACUGGUGCAGUACGGGUCGCUGCCGCCGCGCGACUGCGGCCCGUUGGAGCUCCUCAUGAGGGACACGCACGGCCGCCUCGUCGACACCGUUAAGGAAAUUUUACAAUGCAGAGAAAAUGUUAAUAGGGCUGGAGGGAACUUAGCGUCCGUAGGUCAUCUUAUUAUUUACAUCUUGAAGCGAGCUACCCAGGACGAAUUCAAAAUCAAACUGAUUGAGGAAAUGCUGGCUUUGGACACACUUUACGACUUAUACCAAGAAUGGGAAGAAUCGGUUACUCAGAGUAUUUCUUAUAUCCUGAACCACGUUUUACAGAAAUCCGAAAAAGACAAGGAAAAGUUGGCGCCAGUUACCGAACAAGGCAUUUUAUCUAACAUUAACUUGAAGAGAUUCUUAAAACAAAUUCGCAUGGUUUUGGAAAAAAUGUUCUCUGAAACCAUUGUUGAUGAUAUGAGUCCAAAUGUUGAGAAGAAAACUUAUACGCGCAUUGAAGAAUUCGUAGAAGUCUUAUAGAUCAAUAUGAACGUACUAAUUUAAGACCUUAAGUAAAAAGCAUUGUUGAUUUGGAGUUUACACAAUAGUGAGGCAAUUUAAAAUGCGUAUAUGUACAUUAUUAUUAUUAUGUAUUAAGAGAAUAUAAAAUGAUACAAAUAAACUACACUGUACAAACA